AUGAAUGAGUGUCAAGUGUACAGGUGGGCUCUUUCCACUUUGGAAAGCGGCAUUAUUUCAAUAUCUUCGGACUUAACGAAAGUUGAAGGGCGUGGAAGCGGGUGUGUGUGUCUCGGUAGCUUGACUCAGUCUUGUGCGGCUGCGAACUCCAGUGCUCCUGCUGGUGCCGUUGCGUUUUGGGAGAAUUUCUUGUUAUCUGUCGGGCGGUCUGUUUCUCCCGGGGUUUUGCUUGCUUCUGGCCCCCGCGACGUCAUUGCAGCUUCAGAUGACACUCUAACUUCUGGGAAUUCUGAGCUGUUUCGCGUCUGUUUGGGUGAUGCGUUGGCUGAGGCUUCCGAGGCUGCGUUUCUUGUGUGCAAUCUUGCUGCAGCGUGGACUCCAACGCAGCCUGCGCUGGAUGGCGAUGACGCCUUGAGCCGCGACACAGAACUGCUGGAGCACGAGAAGGCGGAGCUGUGCGACGCGCGGACGUGGCUCGCCGGGCUGCGCCUGCUCCUCGGCGACACGGGGCGGAGUUAUCUGCACGACGAGGCGUCGCUCUCUACUUGCGCGGUGCAGGACGAAGGGGACGGCGCUGCUGCGUUCAACGGCCGUCGUGAGCAGCUGCAGAAGGCACUCAUUGAUGCGCUGCAGGCGUGCGACGCGGAACGGUUCGCGCUGCAGGAGGAGUUGCGCGGCCGGUUGACGGUGACAACUGAGGCGUCACCGCUUGAGGCGUCGCUGCGCCGCGAAGCUGCGGCGCUUCGCGAAAAAAAGGCGGCGGCGGCACAGAAGCUGCGCUGCCUCCGUGACGCUGUUGAAGAGGAGCGGCGCCGUGCUGCUGCCGCUGCUGAGGAGGCUGCUGCUGCUGCGGCACUCGAGGAAGAGAACAUCGCGCUGCAGCAGCAGGUCGAGCAGUGCCAACGCUGCCUGUGGGAGCGGCGGCAGCGGACAGUCGAGGGCGGUACCGUGUCGCUGCUGACGCGGUGUGCAUUCGCUGCAGCGAAGCGGGAUCGGCUACUGCAGGAGGUUCGAUGCUUGUCCGCUGCGUGCGAACGUGAGAAGGCAGCGCAGAGAGCGCUCUCCGCUGACCUGAAUAGGGUGUGUGCAGAGGCCACCAGGGCCAACCGUCAGCUUCGUCUUCUUAUGGCGGAAAAGUCUGUGACGAUGGAUCUCUCGCGGGAGGAGCAUGUGCAAUCAAGCAUUACUGCAACGCUACGAUCAGCGUUGUUAGAAGGCGCAGCGAUCGGCAAGUCGUAG